AGCACCAGUAGUAAAAGAAACACAAUGAAGUGGACUUUUGCGAUGAAGUUGUUUGAAGUUAUAUUUGUUCUCUGGUGCUGUGUGGUCACAAAUGCACAAAACAGUGGUAAUAUAUUGUGAAAAACUCGUUUAUUUUAUAACAAAAAUAGCUUUCUGGCAGCCCUAAUAUGUACGAAAAUAAUAAUGUAUUGUUCAAAAUAUUACUCAUAUGUAGCCAUAAAUUUUUAUUUAUAGAACCGUUUGGAAAAAAUAGCACUAGCUUUGUUCACCCAAGUCCCACUGCGGUUGUUAGUACCAUGAAUGCAUCUAAAACUUCGCCAUCAUCCCAAAUAACCUUGGUGAAAGGUCAAACUAGUGUUCCACAUCUUCAUUCAUCUGUGAAAGGUAUGAUCGUUGUUGUCGUUGUCGUUGUCGUUGUCGUUGUCGUUGUCGUUGUCGUUGUCGUUGUCGUUGUCGUUGUCGUUGUCGUUGUCGUUGUCGUUGUCGUUGCCGUUGUCGUUGUCGUUGUCGUUGUCGUUGUCGUUGUCGUUGUCGUUGUCGUUGUCGUUGUCGUUGUCGUUGUCGUUGUUGUUGUUGUUGUUGUUGUUGUUGUUGUUGUUGUUGUUGUUGUUGUCACUGUUGUUGUUGUCUAUCAAUGGCUUUCCACGGUCUCUUGCAUGCAUGGUGGGUUGUUUUCUUUACUUGAAUUCACUUUUGUUUCUUUUCUUUUGCAGGAGCAAGAACAAUUAUUAAUUCAACUAAGACUGUAAUCCCUACAACAGUGCACUCCACCACAGGUAUUGCAUUAUUUACCUAAAAGUCUCACUCGUGAAAAGUGGCAUUUUUCGGGUGAAUUGUUUGGUUAUGUUAUAUGUCUUAGACUGUGCCAGACGACUUUUUUGUCAAAGGAAUUGUUCAUGCAAAAUGCCCCACGUUUUCAUUUUAUUCUUUCAUCUAACACCGGACAUUUUUUGAUCAAAGGGAAAUGAUGACGUUCAUGGGUUAACCUAUAACGUUUCUAAAGGGGUUUUGGUGACUCGAGUAGAUCCAUUCAAUUUGUUCGAUUCUGUGAACGCGCUGUAAGCGUCCUUCACAUUUUAUACAUAGAUAUCUUUUAUACACUCUUAUACACUCAGAUAGCGCAUCUCUUUUAGUAAAAUUGAAGCCAAGAAUAUUCCAGCGGUUACCCUCAUUUGAAUAGAUAGCGGCCAUGUUGGUCGUUCCCACCCGCCAAUAAACGCUUACUAUGAAGAAACAACAAUAACUUUCAUCAUUUGAAUAACUUUAAAAUGUAUUUGGAAUAGGUUUAACCUGUUUAAAAAAUAGAGAACAUACGAAUCUUGUCAUUUCAUGAGAAUACCUUUAGUCUGCAAUAAUUAAAGGCUUCAAUUUUUGAAUUGCAGAAUAAUAUCUAGUGUAUAUAAGAUAUCUAUGGGUUUCGGUGACUCGAUUAGAUCCAUUCAAGUUGUUCAAUUCUGUGAACGCGCUGUAAACGCCCUUCACAUUUUAUAUAGGGCCUAUGAAAGAUGGUGGUUCCAAAUUGACUUUGAUACUUGGCUGUGUUAUUGCUGCUGUGGUGAUUGUAUUUGUUGUUGGGCUCUUGGUAGUACUAUACAAGUACAAAAAGCGCAGACGUGAACUCUACCAGCACAAACGCAGAGUCGCAGACGUGCAUGGUCCAGUCCAAGCGGUAAGUCAGACAAUAUCAUCUCCUGUCUUAAAGCCUGGUUUACAAUAGCGAUUUUGUUUGCCAUUUUUUGUUUUGACGUCGAGUGCGAAUGAAUUGAAUGACACGAUAAUAAUAUACACUUAUUGUCUGCUCCUGAGGGAAAUAGAUUUGUUUUCCUGAGUCUUUCAAUGUUUCCCGGGGGUGAAGUCGAAACAAAACUAAUUAUUUCCCAAAGGAACAAACAUUAAGUGUUUUGUUAUAUAACGACAAAAGAAAAAUCAAUAAAUUAAAAUUUUGUUAAGAAAAACUGCAGCAGUUGUAUACCGUUGGACAUUAUCAGAAAUUGGGGACAAAAUGGCCACCGCUUGUAUACUAAUUUCCAUAUGACCCGUAUGCAACGGUUUUCUAUUUUUAACAGAGAAUACAUAAGGUGGAAACGUUUAACCUGGAAUUAUUUCAAUUUAGGAGUUCAACCUCUAUUAACAACAAAUUUUGAGUCGGGUAGUUAUUGAAGUGGAGUGUAAAACACCCAGCAAUACUGACCAAAAUCUAGUCUUUCAUAUUCGCGAUAUAGAUUACUCUCUAAACUCAAAUAAUUGUUCUAUAGAUUUCGAAAUAAUUUGGUAGUAUAGCUCGCCUCAUUAAUAUUCAGAACAUACAAAUGCAUUUGAUUCUACGAAUUUGUUUGCGUAUAAACGCUUUCGCUAACCUCCCUUGUCACAAUUAAUAAAUCCAUUUUUUGUAUUUUUAGUGGGAUGAUGAGCCAUCAGUGCCGUGUGAUAUUGGUACUGUAAUCAUGAGGGAUACAAGCAGUAGAUAUGGUUAUAUUGGUAGUAAUGUUUGUUACCGAAAUUUUGAAUCGGUAAUUUAAUUUUUCCUGACAAGCUCUCCUUGACAAGUUUUAUUUCCUCGUGUGCAUGUAUGGCAAAAACUUGGGGCAAUUUCGCCUUGACAAGAAGCAUUGUUCCCUCAAAGCUUGUUCGUGUGUACCGUGGCCGCCAAGGAAAACUUGACAAGUGUACAUGAAAUAAUUCUAUACCUUUGGCACAUAAAAUACGGCUUUAAUGUUAUAUAACAUUUAACAACAUUUCGUCGGCACAAGAGCAACAAAACUUGUCAAGAGAAACUUGUUGAGGAAAAUUUGUUGACCGUACAAGGCAGAAAGUAAACUUAAUAUGACUGAAUAACAAACUGUAUAUGGUAUAACCAUCAGCUGAAUUAUUAACCAAAUUUUAAAAAUCCAUUGAUUAAAAUUUUCGCAUGCCAUAAAUCUUAUAUUUAACGGUUAAAUACAUAAUUUAUGGCAUGUAAAAAUUGCAGUGGAGUGAUUUUUUGUAAAUUUGAGUUUUAACCUUUGGGGUCACUACUAUAUAAUAGUUAUGUCAGGAACAUUUAAAAGAGGGAAUUAAGCUUAUGAAAGAAUUGGUGAGGGAAGUUAUUAAUUUACUUCAAAAACAAGUUUUACCUUACCUUAUAACUAUGCUCAAGCUCAGGCAGGAUUCAAAUACCAUAUAUAACUUGCAUCAAAUAGAGGAAGGACUAACUUAGAUUUUGGUAUAUUACAGUUGUAUUUCACUUAAAAAUUCACGGAGAUAUUAAUGUUUAAAAUCGGGAGCACAUUUUUGGAUGUGUCUGAAAUAUGCAAAAAAGCGGCGUAUCAAAUAUUAAUCAAAAUUUGCCCGAUUGAAACAUGCACUGUUACCCGCAUUAAAUGAAUGACACUUAACAAAUUGUUUAUUAUGAAACAAAGUUAUUAUUACCUACAAAAUACAAGCAAGAUUUAUUCGUCCGAAAUCCGCGUGUGUUCCUUAGACGAAUACGUUUCCUUAUUUCAUGAGACCACUGCAUCGCGAAUUAAGGAUCGUCAUGGAUAUCGUUCGUAGUUCUGAAUUAGGGCAUGCUGUCACAAUGGAAUUGUGAAGCUCUUCUAACUUCUGCAACGUUCUGAAAUCUUGUUAAGAACACUCAAACUCUUUUGCUUUUUCUUAAUCUUGUUAAAUUCAGAAUAAACUGAGAAUGAAACACAAUCUAACCAUACAACUUCAUAAGACAUAACAAGCAACUCCCCAGAGACAUCCAACAUUUUUUUAACAAAACGUAACAAAAUAGUAAGUAGCGUUGAUACUUUGAUGUGUAUUUGCAAAAAGCAAUAUUAUUUCCUUCAUUAUAAAGAAAUCAUCCUGCUCUAACCGAGAAAUAAUCAACACUGUUUUGAACCCAUGAAAAACAUAAAAAAAUUAGGUUAUUUAACAAAAAUUUAAGCGCCUGCAUUGCAUAUAUGGUUUUUCAUGUACCUUUUAGUUUGUAAAGACCUAUUAAAUACUUGCAUAAUUUUGAACGUUCAAUAUUUCAGGAAACAAUCAGCUAAGACUUACAUACAUGUUAAAAUGUCUAAAUCUGCGCCAUAUCCCUUACAAACUCUAACGACAAUUCACUGAAAUACAAGUUAGCCUGAUAUGCCAUGAAGCAAACAAACGCUGGAGUUAAUAUUUGAUAUGCCGAUUUUCGCUAAUUUUAGACACAUUCCAAAAUAUGCUCCCGAUUUUGAACAUUAAUAUCUCCGUGAAUGUUUAAGUAAAAUACAACUGUAAUAUAUCAAAAUCUAAGUUAGUCCUUCCUCUAUUUAAUGCAAGUUAUUUCUGUUUGAUAGCUUUACUUGUUUAGACGUUAUUAUAAAUCAAACCGGAGUACUUUUUUUUGGGACACCCGGUAUAUAAUAGUUCAAUUUGUUUUCCACGUUUUAUUUAUAGAAAUUAACAUGUAUAAUGUACUAUUAUAGUUUUAAAUGCAAGCUCAUAUCCUUACACGUUUGUUUUUUAUAUAUUUGGAAGCAGGCACCACGGAGUGCUCUUGUUCAUAGUCUUUCAAAGCCAAAGACCGUCAGUCAUCCACGUUCUCCGAAAAUUUGCAAAAGUGAUCCUGAUUUGGAAGAGGUACGAUUUAGCAUAAUUUUAACAUGGAUACCGAUAUGACCAGAUAAGAACACCAAUAAUACAUGUGAACAUCAGCUGAACUUAAAUAGUAAUUGUGAUUUGAAAAAGUCACUGAAAAUGUUUAGCCUACAUCUGGUAUAGGUCCCUUGACCACGACCAUUUAUUUUGCAAAGCGUUUGAUUUUAAUGCUUGAAUUCUAUCAAUAAGGAUAUCAGACAAGAAUUCUAUUCACAGCACCCUUUAUACCAAAACUCUGGUAUUUUACCCGCACGUGACAACCCUUUGAGGGCAAUAUACUAUAUAAUAGUUAUGUCAGGCCAAGGUUGUAGACACUGGAAGGGGAGGGGGGAGCUCAGUUGUUUGUGGUAUUGCAUGUAUUUACUUGGAACUUUACUCGCACGUCGUUAAGGUGGAAUGUUGGCUUAUAUAAUUUGCUUUGGUGAAAAUCUGAUGGUGAAUCUGUUGUAAUACAAUUUUACAAUUUUUUGUUGUUUCUGUUUCGUUUCUGAUAAGGCAAUUAUUCAAUGAAGUGGAAGUGAACAGUACUCCAAGCUUGUUUUCAGUCUGAUUUUUUAUUGGUAUUGAUAUAAUGUUUCAAAAGUUGUUGAGACACUUGCGAUCAGGGGAUAUAUACAUGCAUAUUAUUACAAACACUUAUAUCUCCCUCUCCUCCCCCUCCCCAUCAAAUGUUGUUUAACCGCGAUCGUGCACCAAAGUGCUACCAGAAAUUAGGGAUAAAAUGGCCACAGCUUGUAUAUUAGUUUCCAUCAUGACUCGUAUAUACAACGGCCUUCUAUUUUUAACAGAGAAUACAUAGGGUGGAAACGUUUAACUUGAAAUUAUGGCAAUCCAGGGUCCCGCUACAAUUUGCCGACCUCGUGAUCAAUAAAGCUUUCAUUUUCGAACGUUUUACAUGGUGGCACAUUAGAGAGCUUAAGCAAUAUAUGUGUCAGUUUAUGGUAAUCUGACCAAACAUAACAUUACAGUCGUGCCAAUAGAAGCGUUCCGAAAAAUGUUGACCAGUUCAUUUCCUAACUUGAAGGAACACCUUUGAACAAUUCCUUAAAAUUUUGAAAAUUUCUUUAAAAAGUUCCUAACUUCCUGUUUCAUUGCCAAUCAAAUUUUAUAUUUUAUUUUUGAGCAAUCUGAUUGGUCAAUGAAACAGGUAGUUAGGAACUUUUUAAGGAACUUAUCAAAUUGUUGAGGAAUUGUUCAGAGGAUCUAGGAACUCCUCAAAGUUAGGAAAUGAAUAGCCUGCGUGGCAGGCGGUAUUUCUACAGGCAGCGAAAAUUAGGGAGGCAAAGGAAAUACCGUCUGCCGCAAAACUAGGGGGUUUUGAAUUACCCGUCCGCUGGUGAACGGAAAAAACGGAUUGGUUAGUAUUUUUAUGUAGUUGUCAAUCAACGGCUAAAUUCGGUUGAAUGUUAAUCAUUAACCAAAUGUUUUGAUGUUUUGAAACUCUGCGUUUUGAAAUUAGUUCACAAUCACAAGUCAGACCAGGCAGAAAUGGAAUACCGUAAUAAAAGAAGCAAAUUAAAAGAUACAGGCUGAAAAAUAACACUCUAAAUAGUGUUUUUGAUAGCGAUUCGAACAAGAAUAUUUAACAAAGAAGAUACGUCCGAAGGGGCCGAAGUUAUGAUCGGCGAAAGGUAUGGGCUAGUCUAUAUUUUCUUUCAGACAAAUACACGCGUAUAUUAAUUUGAUAAUAUACGAUCUCGCUUGACUUUCAAAGGCCAUAAAUCGCAAUAAUGUUGUCAUUUUACUAAAACUAUCGAUAGAAAUUAGGAUAUAUUUAUUCACUGAAUCGAACGGUGGGAUUUUCAUAUAGGCCUAUCAUGUUCUGAACCAAAGAUACUUGAUAGAUAUACGAACCCAACCUCGUUCCCAGGGCUUCAGCACAGAAUAA